AUGUUACACCGCCAAUGGUACAAGCUGACGCGCGAGACCCGGAUUUUUACCAACUCGGUUGAAGUUGGGUCUUGGAUGUGCAUUCGUGAUUGUGGACUCACAUCUAAGCUAGACCAUGCUGUGACAGUCAGGAUCAAGCUGUCCGAGCCCGAUCUUGGUGUCAUCCGGGAAGAAACUGCGCAGGCGAUUCAAUUGCGACAAAGUGGAACAGAUCAACCAGGGUGCGUCGCUCACUCCGCUACAACGUGUCGAAUCCACGGCGUAGCGCUUCGGUUUCCAUUUGCUUUGAGGAUGGUUUCAAGACCAUUCAUUCUCACACCAGGCGCGGAUCCCCCCACCAAUGCUUCUUCCUUUGCCAAGAUCGCAGCUGAUUCGGGCCAACCCAAAAAGCACUUAGCACAACCGUGA